AUGACGGGGACAACUUCACCGUCACAGUGUGCUCAGGAGCCUCCCACUGAGUGGCCGACUACUACUGAUGGCUAUCAGCUCGAAUGCCCUAUAGGGUAUGGCGCUUUUGCUACGGUAUAUAAAGCUAGUGUGGCAACGGGUGAUCAUGCUGGUGAAGAUGUUGCCAUUAAAGUGAUCGAUCUCGAAUGCUUGGAUGGUACUACUUUUGAUGAUAUUCGUAAGGAGCUACAAGUUAUGAGGAUGUGUACUCAUCCUAAUGUAAUCGCCUACCACGCGGCGUUCUCUUCCCCGGACGCCAAAAUGUGGUUGGUGAUGCCUCUAAUCAACGGCGGCUCCUGUCAGAACGUCAUACGAGAGUACAAGAAGUCUACUGGCCACAGCAUUAACAACAUCGGAAUCAUCGCUUACAUACUCCACGAGACCGCCAUCGCGCUUCGUCACUUCCAUUCGAAUCAGCAAAUUCAUCGAGAUCUCAAGGCUGGCAACAUCCUCCUCAGUUUGGACGGCAAAGUAUACGACUAUAAAGCUGACAUUUGGUCAUUCGGUGUGACUGCUCUCGAGCUCGCCAACGGCAGUGCUCCUUACCAGAAUCUACACCCAUUGAAGGUUAUGAAGAAUAUCUUGGAAAAUCCACCGCCGACUUUGGAGCGAACGAAAUCCACCCCAUGGGACUCGUCAUUCGUCAAAAUGGUCGCCGACUGCCUCCAGAAAGACCCCAGCAAACGACCCUCGAUUGACCAACUGCUAACUCGACAUGAUGCAUUCUUUCGCCAAGCCGAUAAGGAAGCGUUGGUGAAUCUUCUAAAGCAGCUGCCUACAAUAGAAUUGCGAGAACCUACGAAACCUCCAGGAUACCGAUCCCCGAGAGCUUCUAAGAUUCAUACUGGCUAUAGCGGCGCGGUCAGCGGAGCAUGGGAUUUUGAUUUGCACGAUGCUGACGAUGGUGAUGAUGAUGACAAUAAGGAUGGCGAUUCCGGCAUCUUUUCCGACCUGGGCGAAGAAGAGACCUGA